GGCACUUCGUUCGCGCGGGAGAACCCGCGGAGGCAGGCAAGAGAGCGCGGGAAACCCCAGGCGGCGGGAGGCGUGUGGGCGGAGAUGAGCUCGUCGACGUCCGGCCGCGACGACGACGCGCCGGACCUCGUCUGCCAGAUCGACUGCGUCCACGGCAUGGUCGACGCCCUCUCCUCCGUGCGCUGGAAGCGCCACCAGGACGCGGUUAUGGAGCUGUCGGCACACGGGAUCGUGCUCGCCGUCGAGGAGAGCCUGUGCCUCCAGGCCAAGGUCUUCCUCAAACGCGAGCUGUUUGUGGAGUACGACUACACAGGGGAGGGGCGGCCACGGUUCGGGCUCAGCCUGGGGCUCCUCGUCGACUGCCUCAACAUCUUCUCCGCGCCGGGGAACGCGUCCGCCGUCGAGAUCCGCUACCCUGGCCCCGACAUGCAGCUUCUCCUCAAAUCAGUGGGCUCCCCAGAUGCAUGCAUGUAUGCAGAAAUCAGAACCAGAAUUCCAGAUACAAUCCCCUGGGAUUACCAUUUUGAGCAUGCUGGGAAUACUCCAGUCACUUUCACUGUUAAGUCUGCCGUCCUGAAAGAAUCAAUCGAUGACCUUGAAUGGCCAGGUUCCAACAUUCAGAUUCAAAUGCAACCAGAUCCUCCAACAGUCAUAUUCAAAGGCGAAGGUCAUGGCGACUUGCAGAUCGAAUUCCCCUAUUAUGCAAAUACCGAUCUUCUAAUCGUAUUCCGAUGUGACCGUGAAGUGUCAUACAGGUAUAAAUACAAGUUUCUUCGAGCAACUACCUCUAAUCUCCCAAGUAGUGUCAUGAAGGAGAAUCGUGGGAGUAAGGUCACGAUUGGGAGGGAAGGGAUGCUCAAAAUCCAGCACCUGGUUUCAGUUGCCAGGCCAGGUAUGCAAUACUUCCGUAAUAUUGCUGGCGGAGCUGAACAGACGAGCCGAAUCGCUCAUAUAGAAUUCUUUGUGAAGCCAGAAGAAGAUGAUAACACUAUAAAUGAUGCCUAACAUUUGUUAUAUAGAGUGGUUUAUCGGUUUCUAUCAUCCAUUAGGCCUAGUUUAUAUUUGCCUUAAUUACUAGUUUCAGCUUUUGUUUCUAAGAAAAACCUGGUUUGAGCAGUUAAUAUUUGUAAAACUGAAGUAAGGCCUUAGUUUUUGAAACUGCCUCAAGUCAUGUGCCUUUGCUAGUA